AUGAUGCCGGAGAGACGAAGUGCUCUCGGUAAAAGCGUUUCGGUCGCGGUCCCAACUGUAGAACGACCCGAGAGCGAAAGACAAAGGGCGACGUCCUCGGAAUCCCUCGCGCACGCGAACAAAGAAGGUGCUUGGUUGGCGGCGAAUCGGGGAUGGCGAGUUUGCGAGCUGGACGCGGCUGCACCACUGAGCCGACUGGCGAGUCGUGUCAGCCAGCGUGCCAGCCACAUGGGUCAGAGCUUGGGUCCACUUUGUCGCUCAUCAGCCAGGGAACCAGCACGAGCCAUCCCUGUAGUAUCUGGUCACGUGAGCUCACCAAAAGACGGAGGGAGACCUUUGCCUGAUGUUGCCGGCUACUCGGGGUUUGGGAAUAAAAGGAAAAUAUAUAGUAUAUGGACAGUAUAUACGUUUUAUUGUAAAAAAAUGUUAACGUUAAAAAAAAGCUUAAUUAAUAAAUUUUAUUAUUAUUAA